AUGGAUCAAGAAAAAGAAGAAGAAGAACAACAAAAAUGUUCACUCUAUAGCGAUAAUAAUAGUAUUAUUAGUAGUACAAGUACAAAUCAAUCAACUCAAACAGAUAGUAGUAGUAAUAAUAAUAAUAAUACACUAGAUACAUUUAACGAAUUAUAUAAAAAAGAUUUAUUUGAGAUCUGUCAAAUUAAUUCUAUUAUGACAACAGGAAGAGAAACUAAAAAUAUAUUGUUGGACAAGAUAAAGUCAUCACCAAAAAAGAUAUCAAGAGAGAAUAGUAGAGUUGGAUCAUUUAUAUCAAUUACUGCAAAAGAUGUUGGUGUAAAGGAUGGAAAUGAAGCAUCGUUACCUUGGCCUAUAGUAUUCAAGAUUAUUGGAAUGGCAUGGUACUCUAUUGAAAUUUGUACUUGUAUUCAUAGACAAGAUAAUCAUGGGAAAUUAAUAUUAGUAUCAGAAUCGAUAUGUCCAUUACACAAAUACAUGGAAGAAAAUGAUUGUUUGCAAUCUUUUAAUUUCGAUUCAUUUAUGGAUACUAGAAAGUUUAAUGGUGUGGAUUCAUACAUUUGGCGGUUAGAGUUGGCAUUGGUAUCUAAAAAAGUAUUCUAUUUGGUUUCAACAUCGCUCCUAAACAACAUAUCAAUGAAACCAGAGGAUAGUUAUUGGAGACAUAUUCAAAAAGACUCUUGUCUGAUUAAAAAUAUAUCGACUCUUGUGGUACUACAAAGUCUAUCUCAAAAGAAACUAUUUAAUCGUGACAUAGACUUGACAUGUCGAACCUUUGGUCAAGUUGAAAAGAUUUACAUUAAAGGAUUGUAUUUGGUGGAGAAUCCAUCAAACAUUUAUCAAUUGUCUUUGGCAAUGCCAAAUCUUUCUAAAAUAGUUUGUUAUAGCCCUUUGAAUGGUAACACUAUCAAGUCAAUACUAUCAAAUUUUAAAAAUAUAACAUCGAUCAACUUUGCAUGGUCACCAUCUGAUUUGUCAGUAGGAGAUGCAUCAUCUUUGCUCACAUCAAUUGGAUUUACAAAGUUGUUUGAUCCAAACAAUAACCAACAACUCAUCAAGAUCAUGACACCCAUCAUGGAUAUAAGUUAUCACAGACUACACCAAAAUAUUAAAUCGAAUCUUCAAGUAAUCAAAGCAGAUUAUUAUUAUAGUGAUAAACGAGGAGACGAUGGAGAAUUAAUACCAAUUUAUGAAGAAUUUAAAAUAGAAGAGUUUCCAAAACUAAGACAUAUUCAUCUUUCAAUACCUCGUAUUCGACCAUUUACAUUUAUCGUACCAAAGACGGUAACCAAAAUAACAUUGUACACUGUACCAAGUACCGAACAAUUAUCAUCAUUGUUUUUAGAUAAUCCAUCAAUCAAUACAAUCAGAUUUAGGGAUAUUGCCAAUUAUCGGUGUGUAUUACCAUCACUUUACAAUAGCGAAAAAAAGGCUAUCCAACUAUCUGAAAUUUUAAAAUUGGAUUGGCGAUCUUGUAAAUCCAUUUCAACCAUUAUAAUAGAUUCUUUGGUUGAUAUUGUAGAUGUUAUAGUUGAUCAAUUCCAUGAAAAAGGUUUUUAUUAUCGUGGAUGUACAAUUUCAAAUAUUUCUGGAUUAAAACAAUUAAUCUUUACCAAAUCAAAUUUAAAUUAA